AUGGGUCCCAGGGAAGUCGAAACCGGAGGAGGAGCCAGUGAAGAGAACGAGGAAGAGAAGGAUCCGGGAGACGAACCCAGGGAGGGGGCUGUCGAGGUCCCCAUCCGCCGACCGCGGGGCCGCCCACCGGGGUCCAAGAACAAGCCCAAGCCCCCCAUCUUCAUUACGCGUGAUAGCCCCAACGCUCUGCGCAGCCAGGUCAUGGAGGUGGCCAGUGGCGCCGACGUGGCCGAAUGCAUCGCGCAGUUCGCGCGCCGCCGCCAGCGCGGAGUAUGCGUCCUCAGUGGUACCGGCGCUGUCGUGAACGUCACCCUCCGCCAGCCCACCGCUCCCGGCGCGGUGGUGGCGCUGCACGGCCGGUUCGAGAUUCUGUCGUUGACUGGGUCGUUCCUCCCAGGUCCGGCGCCGCCAGGCUCCAUGGGUCUCACGGUUUAUCUUGCGGGCGGUCAGGGCCAGGUGGUGGGAGGAAGCGUAGCAGGCAGUUUGGUCGCUUCUGGGCCGGUCAUGGUGGUGGCUGCGACUUUUGCAAACGCCACAUUUGAGCGCCUGCCGCUCGACGAAGAGGAGGACGAUCACAUUGCUGGGGGAGGCGGCAGGCCUGGUAUGAUACCCGGGGGCUCGCCGACGGGGAUGAGUGGACCUGCGGGGGGGGGCCUUCCUGAUCCGUCGUCUCUGCCCAUCAUCAAUUUGCAGCCAAAUCUGCUGCCCAGCGGCGGGCAACUGCACCACGAUGCCUUCCCAUGGCCUCACAUUCGCCCUCCGUUCUAA